UAUUCUCUUAUAAUUUCUGCACACCUUCUCCCACUCAGUGUGCCUUGCUCUCUGCUGAACUGAGGACUUUCUGCUGAACUGAGUUGGAACUCCUCCACGGAUUAACAGCAGCUUUCUUCAAACUCAAUUGAAAUUUGUAUCACCUCAGUGUCAAUGUCUGGUUCUGGCAACCCACAACUCUAUAGGCCUCAUGAUGUGUUCACUGCUAUGGGUCGUUGUUGGGUAUUGGAAGAUGAGUUCAGCUAUCCAAUCAAUCCGAAUUUGCGAAAUAGUGCUUACGUUCACAAUACCAUGAGACAGGAGUGGGCUUGGUUAUUUCGUGAACAACAAAUAUUUUAUGAUGAGUUGGUUGGUUUUAAGUUGCCAGUGCCUCGGCGACUCGCAUCACAAAUGCCCAGAGACAGCAUCGACGAACUUCGUAAAGCAUUGAACCGCAUAAGAGAAGAAAAUAAUCGAAUGAAGAUACGUCUUAAUCGAUAUCGGACCCAAGUCGAGAUUCGAGAGUCAGUGCAGGAAGGGUGGUACGAGCAUGCACAAUUCAUGCAAUCACUUCUUGCUGAUCCCAUUUAUCAGUCAGACGUGGAGAUGUCAGAUGAAGAGUAAUCGUGUUGUGUCGUGGUGUAAUUAGAUUUUGUUGGAGAACUAUUUUGCUUAACUAUGUGUUAUAUGUAUGGUUGCAUUUGUACUAUGUAAACCUUAUUAUUGAUUAUGAGAAGCAUGCACGUUAUUCGUAAUGUAGAUUA